UUCCACCUUUCCCUUUCAUUUCCAAUACUCUUUCAACUCGCGACUUCUCCUUUUUUCUUCGGCUUAUUUUCCUUCCUCCUUUCUUCUUCCCAAAUCGGAGUUCCUCAAGUUUGUUGGUGUCGUCAACAACAUGAAUUUCUCAAAAAGAAGAUACUUAUCUGCCGAAAUCUAUCAGGAGUCAUUUGCCAUGAAAUUAUCAGAAAAAAGGAUAUGGCUAUUCAUCUACCCGAAGUCAUUUGAGUGGAAAUCAUCCGAAUAAAGAGAUUGUUUCUUCCUUCAAAGUUGAUCGUUUCUCCGUAUAUUAUUCCAACUUUGACCACCUAAAACAAGAAGGCCCAUGGAGGAAGAUAUGGACAUUAGCGGUCCCACCCAAGGUACGUACCUUCCUCUGGCGAGUUGGGAGGAAUUGCUUGCCGACUCGGAACAAUCUGCGCAUAAGGGGAGUCCAUUGUCCAGAUGUCUGUGAUUCUUGUGAGGGUGGACCAGAAAAUUCUUGGCAUGUUUUCCUAACAUGUCCGUCUACUGUUGCUUGCUGGAGGGAGCUUUGUAUUUGGGAUGAUCUUGUCAUAACUAUGAAUGAAACAGAGAGCUUUGUGGAGUUCUUCCUUGCACGGGUAGCAGAAUUUUCCGAAGAGAAACUGAAACUUUUUGGGAUGACUAUGUGGAGCAUUUGGCGAAGGAGGAAUGUUUUAUAUUGGGAUGGUAUUCGGGAGACCAACACACAAGUGAUAUCCCGUGGUGCUGAAAUCUUACAAACAUGGAAUGCAGCUCAACAGCCGGGCCGAAACGUGAAGGAUAGGAGCAUGAAUCUAGCGAGAUGGAAAAGACCUCCGAUUGACUUUGUAAAGUGUAAUGUUGAUGCUGCCAUUUUUUAUAAUGCAAAAUGUGUGGGUUUUGGUUGUUGUAUCCGAAACCAUGUUGGGAGAUUCUAUCAGGCUAGAACGGCAUGGAUAAAUGCGGAAAUGAGUCCAAGAGAGGCUGAAGCUUGGGGCUUAAGGGAAGCUAUUAAAUGGGUAAAACAGAAGGAUUACACGAAAGUGGUUUUUGAGUCAGAUUGUAAACAACUGAUUGAUGAUUUGUAUGGGAAGCGCGUUGACCAGUCUGAGUAUGCAUCCUUAGUCCAAGAUUGCAGGGAUCUUUUAGUCUCCAACAACGACUUUUGUGUUGUUUUUACUAGGCGACAAGCUAAUAGUAGUGCUCAUGUUCUUGCCCGGGCAUCUACUAAUUUUGCUUCUUGCAUGGAUUUUACAUGUACUCCUGAUUGUAUCUCAAACAUUAUUAUUAAUGAAA